UCACAGUUAUGUCUUCUGUUGAAGAGAAGCCCAAGCCUGCUGCUCAGCCUGACGGCAAGGCGGCGGCUAGCGCGAAGGCCGAUGUUGGCAUGGACACCUUCAGGAUGUACGUGUUUGACCGUGAAAACUUCCAGGGCCGUAUGAUUGAAAUCGGUAAUGAGUCCAUGAACGUGUGUGAGAUGGGCAUGGACAAAGUACGCUCCCUUCGUGUUGAAUGUGGGCCUUUUGUUGGUUUUGAGCAGAUGAACUUCUGUGGUGAGAUGUACAUCCUGGAGAAAGGCGAGUAUCCUCGCUGGGAUUGCUGGAGCAACUGCCAGAGGAACGACUAUCUGCUCUCCUUCAGACCUGUCCACAUGGACCCAGAGAAACACAAGAUCUGUCUUUAUGAGGUUGGCGACUAUAAGGGUAGAAAGAUGGAGAUAAUCAAUGACGAUGUGCCCAGUCUGUACUCCUACGGCUUCACUGACCGAGUUGGCAGCAUCAUGGUCAGCUGUGGAACCUGGGUGGGCUACCAGUACCCAGGCUACCGUGGCAGUCAGUACCUGCUGGAGAAGGGUGACUACAGGCACUUUAAUGCCUAUGGUGCUCGCUGGCCCCAGAUGCAGUCUGUGAGGCGUGUGCGUGACAUGCGAUGGCACCCGGACGGCUGCUACACAAUGGCCACCAAGUGAGGGUUUGAGAGGAUGGGAAAGAGAGGGAGAGGUGGGGAGAG